GGAGUCGGUUCCAGGGCCUCGUUGGUGCCCCGCUCUCAGUCCAUGGAAUUGUGUCCUGGGUCUCUGCCUGCCACGCGGACACUGCUGGACCUGGGAACUCGGAAGAAACAGCAAAACAAGAGCUGUGUCACCUUUGAGGACGUGGCUGUUUACUUCUCCCAGGAGGAGUGGGGGCUCCUUGAUGAGGCUCAAAGGCUGCUGUACCUUCACGUGAUGCUGGAAAACUUUGCACUUGUAACCUCUCUGGUUUAUUGGCAUGAAGCAGAGGAUGAAAGGAUACCUCCUGGGCCAAGGGUUUCUGCAGAAGAAGCAUCACACAUCAGGACUCCAAAACAAAGUCCAUCUUUCCAAAAGACUCACCCCUGUGACAUUUGUAUACUAAUCCUGAAGAAUAUUUUGCAUCUGGAUGAUCUACCUGGACAGCAACUGUACUUUUCUGGGGCCUGUGAAAACCUUCACCAGGAACAGAAACAUCAAAGUGCAGAGAACACAUUAAAAAGAGAAGUGAACAGUGCCUCCUUUGUGAAGAGCUGCAUAUUCCAUGUGUCAGGGAAUCCUUUCCUCUGUAGGAAGACUGGAAAGGACUUCCCUGAUAAGUGGGGCAUUCUUCAGCUCCAGGCCAUUCCCAAAGGUGAGAAGCCAAACACAGUCAGAGAGUGUGGGAAGGUCUUUCACUGUGGGAAAAAUCAUUGUAAGUCAGGAGCAUGCAGAGACACUUCCAGCCACAAACACACACUUAUUCGUCAUCUAAGAGUCUGCACUGGAAAAGGGGGUUUUGAUGCUAGCAAAUGUGGAACAGCCUUCCAAGAGAAAUACUCACUUGUUCCGUUCCAGAGAGUCCAUGCUGGAAAAAGGCCUUAUGAAUGCAGUGAAUGUGGGAAAUCUUUUAGCCAAAAAGCCACCCUUAUUACACACCAGAGAGUUCAUACUGGAGAAAAACCAUACAAGUGUGGUGAAUGUGGAAAAUCGUUUAGUCAAAGCUCAAACCUCAUUGAACACUGCAGAGUUCACACUGGAGAAAGGCCUUAUGAGUGUGAUGAAUGUGGAAAAGCCUUUGGGUGCAAAUCUAACCUUGUUCGACAUCAGAGAACUCAUACAGGAGAAAAGCCAUAUGAAUGUGGCCAAUGUGGGAAAUUCUUUAGACAGAGCUUUAGCCUCGUUGAACAUCAGAGCAUUCACACUGCAGCACGGCCUUAUGAGUGUAGCCAGUGUGAAAAAUCCUUUAGUCAGAAAGCUACUCUCAUUAUACAUCAGAGAGUUCACACUGGAGAAAGGCCAUAUAAGUGUGGGGAGUGUGGGAAAUCCUUUAGUCAAAGCUCCAACCUUAUUGAACACUGCAGAAUCCACACUGGAGAGAGGCCUUAUGAGUGUGGCGAAUGUGGAAAAUCUUUUAGUCAAAGAGCCACCCUCAUUAGACACCAGAGAAUUCACACUGGAGAAAGGCCUUAUGAAUGUAGGGAAUGUGGCAAAUUCUUUAGACAGAACUUUAGCCUCAUUGAACAUCGUAGAAUUCACACUACAACAAAGAUUUAUGAGUGUGGCCAGUGUAGGAAAUCUUUUAGCCAAAGGGCUACACUCAUUAGACAUCAAAGAGUUCACACUGGAGAAAGGCCUUAUGAAUGUGGGGAAUGUGGCAAGUCCUUUGGGUACAAAUCCAAACUUGACCGACACCAGAGAACUCACACUGGAGAAAGACCUUACGAGUGUGCUGAAUGUGGGAAGUUCUUUAGGCAAAGCUACAGCCUCGUUGAACACCAGAGAGUUCACACUAGAGCAAGACCUUAUGAGUGUGGCCAGUGUGCAAAAUCUUUUAGUCGAAGAGCUGCCCUGGUUAAACAUCAGAGAGUUCACACUGGGGAAAGGCCUUAUAAGUGUGGUGAAUGUGGAAAAACCUUUAGUCGGAGCACUAGCCUUAUUCAACACUGCAGAAUCCACACUGGAGAAAGACCAUAUGAGUGUGACCAGUGUGGGAAAUCUUUUAGGCAAAAGUCUGUUUUAAUUCAACAUCAGGUAGUUCACACUGGAGAAAGGCCUUAUGAAUGCAGCAAAUGUGGGAAAUCUUUUAGCCAACGCUCAAGCUUCUUUCAACACCAAAAAUGUCACGCCAUGGGAGUGCCUCACAGAGGCAGUAGAUGUGGGGAAUCCCUCAGCCCAAGGUCUCCUGUUGCUUAGUUUCUGAAAGCCCAUGCAAGAAAGGCCUUAAACCUACAAAGGAAUAUGCUGUCUUUGUAACAGCGCUAGAGAGCUUUUAUAAAGAGGUCACCACAUGCAUUUGCACGCAUCCAGAGGGCUAAGGACCCUAUGAGUCAUGGCACAUGUGAGGAGGAUGGGAGCUGCUCUGAACAUUUUAGACUGCUGCCCUCACCAAAGUCGAAUCACAGCCACAUUCUCACAGGAGUUGUCUCCCACCUAGCCCCAAGCACCUCAGCACACACAGCCUCGGUGCCUGUGUUCUCCCCAUUCUCUAGAGGAAAUCUCCCAUAACCUGAUCCAUGAGAGUGAUCCAUUUUUCUUACUAUUGUGCGUCUGUGUUCUGGCUAAGGGGACCCAGCCCGGGCUCAGCUGGAGGCUUGGGAAGUCCUCUUCAUUGAAUUCUGGCCUCGUGUGACACUUGUAGUCGAUGAUUACAGAUUUCAAGUUACUAACCAGUAUCUUCCUGUUGAGCACUGCUCUGAUUUGUGGACUGAUAAAGGCCUUUUGUUUGAGCUACUUUUAAUCAGGGGGUUCUGUUCACAGCCUUGGGUGGGUAGAAUAUGGAUGGGUCCUGUUUGUUUUAAAAGAUGGACAGCUUUUAUAGGACCUCUUCAUUUUGGGUCUCAGUAAAGAACUUAGUGGCAGAGAGUUUUCUCAGAGUUUUCUCAUUCUGUUUUGUUUAACAUGAAUUAUUACCCAAGACCCCCAUUGGACAGUGCAGGGCUUUGUGGUCCUAGUUUGGAGCCUCAAUGCCUCUGAAUUUGUUUUGUGUUUUAGAUCAGAGAUCACCUUGAAGAGGGGUCAGUUGUUAUGGCCACGUUCAGUACUUUCAGAAAUACUCUGAAUUUAUUUCAUUAUUCCCACAUAACUUCCCAUAAAACUCAAUAUUGUUGAGGGAAACUUCAUCGGGUUCUAUAGUCAUGCAGUCUGACAUCCAUGAUCCCAUAGGUCAGCAUCACUGAUACAAGAGUGCAGGAACCAGGUACCAACACCACUUGGAACAGAAGUACGUGGCGUGAUCAUUGGAGUGGAGGGCUGGCAGACAGAACGUGCUACUUGUAAAAGUGCACCCCAGAUCCUAGGACUAACAGAUCAUGCUACUUCCAAAUCUAUGUUCCACUGUGGUCAGGAUCAUCAUCGGUAGAUACUCAUGCUCUUGUCAAGUUCCCAUCAUGAAAAAAAAAAAAGGAGGAGGAGGCCAAAAAAGCAAGGGAUUGGGGAAAGUUCCUACAUGCGGUGGAGUCGGGGAGAUGGGAAGUUCCUGUCUGAGAGGUAAAGGCUGUUCCCCCCACCCUCUUUUUUUGGCCAGGCAACUGCAGCUGCUCCUGUCUCAGUAUAGCUUUCAUUGCUCACCAUUUUUUCCUGCCUAGUAUAAGGCUGCCCUUCUCUGGGCACAAGGAAGGAGGUACUGGAGUGAACAGGUGGUUGCCAUGCCUGGUUUCCAAAACCUCGGGUGACUUUUACUCUCUUUAUCUAACCACACACACACACACACACACUGAGGCACAGUUGACCUUCAAUAACCAGUAUACAUUUAAGACACAUAAUCUGAGCCAGGUUAUCACACACACACACACAAGCCCAUGAAGUAUCCCUGAUCUGAAUAGUGAACAUUUCCAGAAUUGUCUCAUAUAAUCUCCCUGCCUUCCUCAGGCCUUCAGGUGUCCAGUGAUUUACUUUCUUUCACUAUGAAUCAGUUUGCAAUUUUUUUUUACAGUUUUACAUGAGAGGAAUCAAAGUAUUUGCUUUUUUUUAAAAUAUUUUUUCAUGCUGUAUAAUUACUUUUAGCUUUAUUGAUGUUGACACCCUUUGUAUUGCUACAUAGUAUUCUGUUCUAUGGAUGUGCCACUAUUUGUUUAUUGAUCUGUUAAGGGGUAGGUGAUUUUUUUCCAAUUUGGGGUAUUCACAAAGUUGCAAAGAACAUAGGUAUAAAUUUUUAAUAAGGAAAUACAUUUCUCUUUUGCUAAUAACUUCAAGUGAAUGUUUCACUUAACAAACACAAACCAAAAAACAUGGAAAACUGUAACCUAAACGGGUUGUGUCCAUUGUGAUCCCAACAGCAGUGUGUGAGCAUUCUUCAUCCCUGACAAGCUUCUGCUUGGUAGGGCUGGUGUUUUAAAUUUUAGCCAUGCAAAUAAGUCUGUAAUAUCAUUUCUCUGUGGUUGUAAUUGCACUUCUGUAAUGUUUUGUAAUGUUGAGCAGCUUUUUUCACCUAUUAUUUGCCACCUUUAUAUCCUUUUUUCUUAAAAAUCUUUGUUAAUACCCUUAGUCUACUUUUAAUGGAUUGAUUCAUAUUCUUCUUUUCAUUAAAAAUAAAUAUGUAUAGAAAAGA